AUGGAUAAUCCUCAAUACUAUCAACCGUUGUCUCAUGCCUUGAAUCCCCCCAGAAGUUCUUCACAACCUCAAUUUUACAAGACGGCAUCGGUAGAACAUCAGAAAACAAUCGAGUCUGACGAUGAUGACGAGGGAAUGGUGGAAGAGCAACUCAGUCGAACUAGUGCUCCGCCUUCGCCAAAACCUCCCGAAACCGCCUCUGAACACCAACAUGAGCCUGAACCCAAACGUCGAGGUCGUCCUCGAGGGUCCAAAAAUCGUCGUGGUCGUGUUAGUAGCCAGGCUGUUAAGUCAUCACCACCUAGUCACCAACCACUACAUGCUACUGGUCAAGGAACAAACCCUCCUCAGCUUCCAGAAGUCACCGCUCAGAAUCAGCAAUAUUACGAGUUUCAGUGGCGUGUAUUAAACUUAUGUGCAGAAUUUUAUGGAGCUGCAGAAGAACUUGUGAAAGGGACCCCGGCCCUAGUCAUCGCCCAAUGUUACCAGAUGGGUCCCAAUAGUAAAGUCGAUCCUCUCAUCAUGUUGAACGAAGCUAAACAAAACUGUGAUAUACUUCUUGCAAAUCCUUCUCGGCUAAUCACAUCCCCUCCUCCCCCGAUGUAUCCUGCCGUUCCGACUUUCUACACCACAGGCAUUCCAUCAUCCAGCUCUAGUUCUGGGGCACUUCCCAGCCCUCCCACCAUGAUCAGCCAACCUCAAACUUUUGUCGUCCCUAUGGGUAGCCAUGCAUAUUAUGCGCCUCCGCCGCCAGGCCAAUACCCUACAACAUCCUACUACUCAUACCCUUAUGGUCAUCCUGGCGCAUACUACACCCCCGCCGUUGCACCUGUUGUCCCGCCCCCAGCAGCUCCAGCGGCUCCUCCCAUCGUCACAAUGACAAAUUCAGGGACUGGAAACUCUGGAGCAUGGUCCGAUGAAGAGAUUGAACGGCUGAAAAUAAUGGCAGAAGAAAAGAAGACCGGCUCGGGGGAGAUCGAUUGGGACGACAUAAUUAGCCAAUGGGGAAGCACCAGAUCCAGACAUCAAAUACUCAUUAAAGCAACUCAAGUGGGCCUAAAGGAAAGCUCCUCAGUACGCGGCGUGAAGAGACGGCGCGACGUAGACGGUGAUCCUGUAAGCAGCGCCGCCCCGACCCCAAAUGCGACUACUGUCCGCAAUCCCUCCUCUACUCCAUCGUCUACGCCGGUUGCUUCACCGUCCCUCCAAAACCAGCAUCAACCUCCCAGUUCCAACUCUAAAGCGUCAACAUCAGUUCCUGUAAUACCUCCAGGACCCGCUGGUCAACCAUGGCCGAUGCCAGUUGUUGCAGUAAGCACAUCGUCUCCUGUUAAUAUUGGUCCCUCUCCUCCAGAUCAUCGCGUAACAAGCUAUUAUCGUCCACGACCUACAGAUCCUCCCUCUAGACCUUCCUCUUCCUCGGGAGCAUCGCAACUCCCAACAGUGCAUCGAUAUAUGUAUCAGCCAAACGGGCAUCAUUCUGAAAGUGCGAAGUAA